AUGGCCGUUAAAACGGACAUCAGCAAAGCCUACGACAGAUUGGAAUGGUCCUUCAUCAGAUCAGUGUUGGAGCGAAUGGGUUUUCACCAUCUUCUGAUACAAUGGUUAAUGCAAUGUGUCAUAACCGUCUCCUACUCAUUUCUCUUUAAUGACGAAGUGGUUGGUAACAUCAUACCUCAGAGGGGAGUGCGGCAGGGGGAUCCUCUCUCUCCAUAUCUCUUCAUCUUGUGUGGAGAAGUUCUCUCUGGCCUCUGUUCAAAAGCCCAGCUAAGUGGAAAUCUCCCAGGCAUUAGAGUGUCGAGGAACAGUCCCCGUAUCAACCACCUGCUGUUUGCUGACGAUACUAUGUUGUUCACCAACUGUGAUCAACGAAGCUGUGCUACGCUCAAGACCAUCCUGCAAGAUUAUGAGAAUGCAUCAGGACAGAUGAUUAAUGCAAGUAAGUCCUCAAUAUCAUUUUCAGCAAAGACACCGUUAGAGGAUCGCGCAAGAGUAAAAGAGUUUCUUGGCAUUGAAAAGGAGGGAGGCGUGGGAAAAUACCUCGGCCUCCCUGAACACUUUGGGAGAAAUAAAAAAGACCUUUUUGCGAGCAUUGUUGACCGCAUGAGACAGCGAGCAGUAAGCUACUCUUCAAGAUUUCUCUCCUCAGCUGGUAAAGCCACAAUGCUACAGGCGGUACUGUCAUCUAUACCCUCAUUCGCCAUGACAUGCUUUGAACUCCCCAUUAGCCUCUGUAAUAAAAUUCAAUCAGUGCUUACAAGGUUCUGGUGGGAUGCAAAGGAUGGAGUUCAUAAAAUUUGCUGGGUCGCAUGGAAUGAGCUAACCUUACCCAAGUCUCUCGGAGGGCUAGGCUUCAGGGAUGUGCAAAUCUUCAAUCAAGCAUUACUGGCAAAAAUUGGCUGGAGAAUCAUCACCAGACCAGACUGCCUCCUCGCAAGAAUUCUUCUAGGAAAAUAUUGCCACAAAUCCUCUUUCCUCAACACUAUUCCAGCCUCCAACAUCUCGCAUGGGUGGAGAGGAAUUCUACAUGGAAGAGAUCUGCUGCUUAGCCAUCUAGGCAGAGUGAUAGGAAAUGGAGAAUCAACCCGCCUUUGGUCCGACUCUUGGAUUUGCCCUGAAAAGAAUCUGAAACCAAUAGGACCUGUGCAACAAAAAGAUCAAGAUUUGCUAGUCUCAGAUCUCCUCUCUAGAGAAACAAAGGAAUGGAACAAAGCUAUGGUUGAAAAUCUACUGCCGGAACUGGCAACUCUCAUCUACUCAAUACGACCAAGUAUACUUGACAACCAAGAUUCUUACAUAUGGUCUCUACAGAAGUCAGGGGACUACUCAGUGAAAUCAGGAUACUACUCUAAACAAGCUGACAAGAAUUCAUCGACACUACUGCCCUCAGCUCAAAGACCGGAAGAUACCUGGAACUGGAAGAAACAUGUCUGGAACCCUCCUCUUCUUCCGAAGCUUAAACACUUCCUAUGGAGAAUCGCUAAAAAAGCCCUCCCAACUGGUGAAAAUCUACAACGGAGAGGUAUAAAUGCUAAUGUUAUGUGUUGUAGGUGUGGAGAAGCAGAGACAUUACCUCAUAUUUUCUUCCAUUGUGCUUUCGCGAAGGAAGUCUGGAAACUAGCACCGCUAGCCUCCGAGGUGGACACAUCUCUAUGGACCGCCUUCAAACCAACCCUACAAGCAUCAUACUCCUGGAAAGUCCUGCCGCCCUACGGUUUCACAAGCAACCCGAUGCCUUGGAUAUGCUGGUUCCUCUGGAUUUCAAGGAACAACCUCAUCUUCCAAAACAGAGCCACUACACCUCAGGAGAUCAUAUUAAAAUCCGUGAAAGCGAUCAGAGAGUGGGAAUCAGCCCAACCUCUCAAGUCCCCGACGACACAUCUCGUCAGAUGCCCCCCUCUGAUUUAUGACUGCCCUGAAUCAACCAUCCUCUGUUAUACAGAUGCGGCCUGGAGAUCAGAUUCUAAAUCGGCUGGCCUCGCCUGGAUCUUCACUGAUCUCUCAUCACAGGAGCUCAACCGCGGAUCAAAGGCCCAAGACUCAGUGGCAUCGGCAUUAAUGGCAGAAGGCCUAGCGAUACGAGAGGCUCUCCAACACGCGAUCUCUCUCAAUUUCACCCAUAUCUGGAUCCGUUCAGACUCACAAGUGCUUAUACAAGCAAUCACCACGAGAAGACAAUCGGUAGAGCUCUUUGGAGUGCUUGCUGACAUCGACUCAUUAGCUUUUUCUUCAUUGUCACCGUUUUCCCUUUGUCGUUUUUCUUUUGUUUCCAGAUCUCGUAAUGGGGCUGCUGACAAACUGGCUAAGGCCUGUUUGUCCACCCAUUUAGCAAACUUGGGCCCUUAA